AACAAGUGUUUUCUUGCAUCUUGGUUUUUAAUGGAGUUAAUUAUUUGGCUUCUGUCAACUUGCAAUCUUGAUAUUAGUUUUGUUAGUGGCAAUUGUGUGUGUGUGUGUGAGAGAGAGAGAGAGAGCUAUUCUUGAUUCUGCUUCAGAUUGGCACUGUUUGUGGUGUAUGAGUAGUUACAUAGCUGGCUCCUAAUUUAAGAUGAUUAUUGAUGAACCAAUUGUUUGUUAUUGGAAUGGCAUGUCUCAAAUGAAAUGGUAUAGUGGAUAUGUAUAGCAGACCCCAACUAGUUGGGGAUUGAGGCAUAGUUUGAAUAUUCUUAAUGAGCCAAAAUAUCUUUAUUAAGUUGGAUGCUUCCUUUUUCUUUUGGGGUUGUAUGUUUCUUUUGGAUUUAAAUAUGGAAGAACGGGUUGUUUCGUCAUCUAGAUUUUGAUAUAGUUAGCGGGCAGUAACAGAGGGUUGGUUUUCAAUCUCCAUUCAGACUUCUCUUGGAAGGCUUUUCUAAUUUAACUCGAGAAAUGAAACUGGUUACAACCAUGGAUUGUUAGCAAGAUGCUAUGGAAUGUUACCCUGCAAACAUGUGAGGCAUAUUUCUUGGGGAUUAGUUAGUUGAAGGAACUCUGAUGUCUAUACAUGAUUUCUGUCCUGAAGUUAAUUUUGAUAUUACUGCUGGUAUAAUUUCUUCUUAUGUUUUACCCUACCUCUCCUCUCCUCUCCUCUAUCUUGGUUGAGCCAAUCAUCAAGAGAAAAUGAAAAGCAUAUAUUCCUAUGUUUGGGAUUGAAAAAGUCAAGAUUGUAAAGAUUAUCAUUCCAUGUUGCCUUUUCCAAAAAAAAGAUUUAUCAUUUUCUCAAAAAGUAGAAUUUGAAAGAGGAAAGACGGGCCUUUUGGGAAAUUAUUUAUAGUUUUAACCAGGUUAUGUUAUUCAAAAAGAAUAAAGCAGCCCCAAGGAGCUGUCCAUAAUGUAUUUUGGAGACUUAUCAUAGGUAUAAGAUUGAGCAUCUUAUCUUUAAUUAAAGAGGGAUUCUGGUGCCUUUGUCUUAUAACAUUUGUUUUUAUAUAAGACAAUAUGGGGAGAAUUACUUGGGCGCUGAUUUACAAACAGUAACCAAGCAGUCCAAAGUUCAUCUCCAGCAUGCUCUUAAGGGAAUGACAUGGCUUCUUCCAGAGCGGUUUGCUGCAUCAGAAAUCGGGCCAGAAGCAGUCUCCUCGAUCCUUGGAAUGGUUACCACAGUAAAUGAGCAUAUUAUAGAGACAACUCCAACUUCGGUGCAUACUAGUUCUGCAGAGACUUCGUUUCUCCCUUUGUCAUUAUGCCUUACUUUGUUGAGAGACUUGGAAACAUUAAUUGAAGUAGUAGCUGAGCAGCUCUAUGGCGAAGAUAAAAAAUGGAAUUUGAUUGCUCUUACAGAGGCUGCCAAGGUGUGCGUGAGACUGGCUGCUUUCAGAACUACAGGAUAUAAAAUGCUUUUGCAAGGUGGGGAGACUGAGAAUUUGGAACAUUCAGAUGAUUUGAGUCCCCAAGGAAACAUGGGGCACUUAAGGGAGCCUAUCCAAAAUCAAGGACUGGGUGUCAAUCACCCUCAGGGUUUGAACUCGUGGAAUCUUGAGGGUAGGGCAAUGUCCGCCUUAAGUAGCUUUGGUCAGAAUGCUAGGAUGGUUUCUGAGCCGACUUGGUUGCGCAGGGUUCAACAGCAGCAAGCAAUUUUGGAACCUCCAGCUAAGAUAAUCAGAAAUCCGAGUCUGUCAACCUUCUUAUCUGAGAAGGGUAUUCGUGGAGGGUUAUUUGUGACUGGGGAGACUAUGUUUGUCCUAAGACCACUUAUAUAUGUCUUGCUGGUAAGGAAGUAUGGAACACAAUCAUGGUUUCCUUGGUUCAUCUCCGUGGCUGUGGAUCUCAUAGGAAACAGCAUGCUAUCAGCCACAACAAUGUCCCAAGACAGCAGGAAAGAUCAGCAUUUUCAAUUUUCUAAAUCAGAGAAGGAUGAGUUAAAAAGAAGGAAGCUGUUGUGGGUGCUUUACCUCAUGCGAGAUCCAUUUUUCUCCAAAUACACCCGGCGAAGACUUGAAAGCACUCAAAAGACUGUAGAACCUGUUCCUGUAGUUGGAUUUUUUGCAGAAAAACUUAUUGAACUCCUUAUUGGAGCCCAGACUAGAUACACUUACAUGUCUGGUUCUUGAAGGGAAGCUACUGAAUGUGUGUUUAUGCAUUCUUUGUUAUUUGACAAUGGGGAACAAACUUCUCUUUUUUUCUUCAGUUGUAGCAUUUUGAUAUCAUAAUCUUAAAAAGGUGUAGCAUGUUGAAAUUUAGAACUAAUAAAGGUGUAUAAUUUUGUUCUUAUCCAAAAGUGCAUUCAGGUUC